GUAACGUGCAGGUGAUGCCAGCUUGGAGCCACGGAUGACUUCUGGCGGCCUUGCACUUGACUCUCUAUACACAAUGGCCUCCAAGAAACAGCAGCAGGCCCAGGAAAUGGUGCAGGUUGACCGCUCUUCGUCGGCAUCUCCCUUUUGGCGGACGAGCUCAAAUACCCCAAAGCCAUACGAAAGCAAAAAGAUCAUUGGCGCUUCCUACUCGCAUGCAGACAUGCUGAAUCUUGGCUCCUUAUCAGUCUCCGGAGCCAACUCUCGCCCCAGAACCCCGCCUUCGGCCGGCCACACUCACGAGUCAAACGCCCCCCCAGGACGAGUAGGAAGCACCACAUCCCCCCCUCCUCGAGCCAGCUAUACCUCCUUUCUGCGCGACACAAACCACGACUGGGAUGACAACGAGGAUGAAGGUGGCGACAUCCUGCUCGACGAUGACGAGGAUGAGUUCGGGCUCCCAAGUAUAGCGAGUAUGCGGAGGAAAGACAGGCGGAAGGCACCAAAUAAGGGGAAAGAUCCUGGGGGGACAACCAGUCGUAGUAGUUUGGGGUCAACCGCAUGGCGGGCAAUAGACGCCGGAGACAUUGCUGAGGAGCGGGGUAUCCCCAAUUACCCCACUACCAAAAAGUCAGAAGGAAAGAUCCUGCGACCACAGUAUCAGGAGAUCCUUCGAGAUCCAGCGAAUUCGUUACAUUUGAUAUCCCACGCUUCGUUGCCGCCCAAUUCUUCUGCGAAAGAUAUAGAAGCCCAUUCCGCCCGUAUCACAAGGAUCAAUAAGUUCAAACGGAUACUGCAGACAAGCACUAUUUCCUUAUCCGAACUACGUGACUCCGCAUGGUCAGGCAUUCCAUCGGAAGUCCGCGCAAUGACAUGGCAGGUCCUGCUCGGAUAUCUUCCAACCAGCAGUGAGCGACGAGUUACCACGCUAGAACGAAAAAGAAAGGAAUACUUGGAAGGUGUACGGCAAGCCUUCGAACGAGGUGCUUCCGGUAGCGCUGGUGCUGUCGCGUCUGGAGUUGCGAGUUCAUCGUCUGUCCCACCCACAAACCGAGGCCGGGGGCGAGGUCUGGAUGAGGCUAUCUGGCAUCAGAUCAGCAUUGACGUUCCCCGGACAAAUCCACACCUAGAGCUUUAUAGCUACGAAGCCACUCAAAGAUCCCUCGAAAGAAUAUUAUACGUGUGGGCGAUACGGCAUCCAGCAUCGGGGUACGUCCAGGGCAUCAAUGAUCUUGUCAGCCCCUUCUGGCAGGUCUUUCUUGGUGCCUAUAUCUCAGAUCCAGACAUUGAAUCUGGUAUGGACCCUGGACAGUUACCAAAGCAGGUGCUCGAUGCGGUGGAGGCAGACACAUUUUGGUGUCUUACAAAGUUACUAGAUGGCAUUCAAGACAAUUACAUCUCACAGCAGCCAGGGAUACAAAGACAAGUCGGAAGUCUGCGAGAUCUCACCACCCGGAUAGAUUCAAAUCUAGCAAAGCAUCUCCAGAAUGAGGGUGUUGAGUUCAUUCAAUUCAGCUUUAGAUGGAUGAAUUGCCUCCUGAUGCGCGAGAUAUCCGUCAAAAACACUAUCCGCAUGUGGGAUACAUAUUUGUCAGAAGACGACGGCUUCUCGACAUUCCAUCUCUACGUCUGCGCCGCCUUCCUCGUUAAAUGGUCAGAGCAGCUGCAGAAAAUGGACUUCCAGGAAAUCAUGAUGUUUCUGCAAGCCUUACCAACUAGACAAUGGACCGAAAAGGAUAUCGAACUGCUUCUAAGUGAAGCAUAUAUCUGGCAGAGUCUGUUUAGAGGGAGCAGCGCUCAUCUAAAGAACACAGGCUCAAAAGGAGGCUUAGGUGUUGGUAUGGGGCCGAACACAUAAUGGCUUGAAUCCAUCUGGAACUGUAUAUAGCACUCUUCUACAUAGAAGCAGAAUUAAUGGAACGGAGAUGAUGCCGUCGACCCUGCUG